GUUGUCGUUCUCACGCUAACAUGCGAGAUCCGCAGAGCCGACUCGACCGCAUUCCGCCCCGAGUUCCCCUCCGCCAGCGGCCUGCUCGUCCGGAGAUGAGUACAAGAUGUCUGUGUCGGGGCUGAAGGCCGAAUUGAAGUUUCUCGAGUCAAUCUUUGACCCAAACCACGAACGGUUCCGCAUCAUAGACUGGAAACCGGACGAACUGAAUUGCCAGUUCAACGUGAGCGGGGAGAAGCUGCUGAUCAUCCACUGCAACAUCACGGAGUCUUAUCCCUCAACACCCCCAAUAUGGUUUGUAGACUCCGAUGAUCCAAGUCUGGCAGAAGUGUUGGAGCGCUUAGAAGAUGUCCGCAAAGGCAGCACGUUGCUUCUUCAGCAGUUAAAGCGUCUCAUUUGUGACCUCUGUCGGCUUUACAACCUGCCUCAGCAUCCAGAUGUAGAGAUGCUCGACCAGCCUCUACCUGCUGGCCCCAUUAUUCAAGAACGAAAACAUGGGCCAUCUGAUGAGGUGACGUCUGAGGAGGAAGAAGAGGAAGAAAUGGGAGAGCAGGACAUUGACUUGGACCAAGACUUGGACCAUUACGACAUGAAAGAAGAAGAGCCGGUAGAAGGCAAAAAGUCAGAAGAUGACGGAAUCGAAAAAGAAAAUCUUGCCAUCUUGGAGAAGAUUCGUAAAAACCAGAGACAGGACCACUUAAAUGGCGCAGUUUCUGGCUCUGUGCAGGCCUCGGACCGCCUCAUGAAGGAACUCAGGGAGAUCUACAGAUCACAGAGUUACAAGACAGGUAUUUAUUCAGUGGAACUAGUCAACGACAGCCUUUAUGAUUGGCAUGUCAAGUUAAGGACGGUAGACCCAGAUAGUCCGCUGCAUAGUGAUUUGCAGGUCUUAAAAGAAAAGGAAGGGGUGGACUACAUUUUGCUCAAUUUCUCUUAUAAAGAUAAUUUUCCUUUUGACCCACCUUUUGUGCGAGUUGUCUCUCCUGUGCUCUCUGGAGGUUAUGUUCUUGGAGGAGGAGCAUUGUGUAUGGAACUUCUCACAAAACAGGGGUGGAGCAGUGCCUAUUCCAUAGAAUCUGUCAUUAUGCAGAUAAAUGCAACUCUAGUGAAAGGAAAGGCCAGGGUUCAGUUUGGGGCCAAUAAGAACCAGUACAAUCUUGCCAGAGCACAACAGUCAUACAAAUCCCUUGUGCAGAUUCAUGAAAAGAAUGGCUGGUACACACCCCCUAAAGAGGAUGGAUAAGGAGAUCCGACUACUAUGCACUGGGAACAUGGGUCAAAGUGUCUCAUUUUCUUUGGAGUAUUUCCCCCAGUCUGACUUGUUGGGAGUGCAUCACAUUUCUUGCGGACCUGCCUGGUUGGUUCACCUGACAAGUAUCCUUCGUAUGAUGUGAGGGCGUUCCCUGCCCUGUUCAUAUAUCUCCGAUUGUCUUUUCUCCAGUUCGAACGUGGAGGAAACGUUUCUUCUUUAGCUGCUUUGACAAAAUGGACUUUAAAUGGGAACUCUGAAAGUCGUACCCAAGCCCUGAAAAUGGCACGACACCUCACGUGUUUUUAUUGAGCUUUUUUUUUUUUAAUUAUUAUUAUUAUUAUUAUUAUUAUUAACAGGUACACACAUUGUUCUAGCAAAUGUUUUUUUUAUUAUAUUAUGAGCAUCCUAGACAAUAAAUGAGCCAGUUGUCAUAGCUUGGAUGGUUAUGUUCAAAAGGAAAUGACAUACUGCUCUAUCUUCGAAAAAUAUGCUGCGUUUGGUUCCAGAUGAACUAUGGGUUGUCGUGAGAGAACUUGUAAAAAAAAAAAAUUCAAAUAGGCACUUCAGUGGUCAUAUGAUGUGAGGUUUGAAAUGAGCAUCAUGACGUGUUAUUUCAGAAUGUUUCAGCAGAAAUAACCAUGCGCCCUUUGCCUUAUUUCUGGCAUCCCUGCAUUAAGUGGCUUUCUAUUGGUUACUUCUAGCAACACCGUUGAUGUGGUUCAUGGUGGUAGUGCAACACUCACUUGUGGCUGUCAGUGACAUCCCUCUUGAGUAGAAUGCGGCUGAAUUGACUUUAAAGAGGAAUUCAACAGGAUGUCCGGGGUUGGUACUAAUGCGGUUUGUGAGUACCGACCUACUUUGAUUGUAGUGAUUUGCACUUUCCCACAAUCCGGUUAUAUGACUUACCUUAUCAGAUGAAUUUACCUGCUGCUGUAAAUAAGCAUACAAUUGGGAAAAAAUAAUCCAAUGUUGAUUUUGUAAAUGAACUCCAUUACAAAGUUAUGAACAGUCCAUAAUGUUUAUGGUAGGUUUAUUGUAAUGGAGAGAGACACUUAGUAAAACAACAAAUAAAAAAUCCAGAAUAAAUAACAUUUAGGAUAUACAUUAUUUUGUAUUUGAUUGUUGGAAAUAAGCAUUUGAUCCCCGACCAAUCAAUAAGCCUUCUCUGCCCAUGAAGUACACAAAUUAGCCCUAUCCCCUUUAAAAAAUACUCCUAAUCUCAACUCGUUCUUUGGCUAAUACAUCUGUCACAGAAAAGAUCUCCUCCAUUCAAACUGCUCCAUCCACAUCAAAUGUCAAAAGACUGACGUAGACCUGCACAAGACUGGGUUGGACUACAAGACUAUCAGCAAGAGGCUUUUUUUAGAAAGGGACCACCAUGGCGCAUUAAUUCAUAAAUGGAAGAAAUACAAAAUAACAACUGCCCUUGCGGUUGUUAUUUUGAAUGUUCAAAAUAACUCAGAAUAUUCAAAAUAGCUCCGAAUAUUCACCAGGUGGUGUAAGAUGAUUGAAGGGGAGGAGCUGGUUUAUGAUCUCAAGAGAGUUGGCAGCACUGUCACCAGGAAAAGCUUUAGUAACAUUCUGCCGUGCCCGCGAGCAUACCUGUCAACAUUUGUAUUUCAAAAUAUUAAGAAUUUCACGGAAUACAGACAAUCAUAAAUCACCGUUAAAUUUAAAAAAAGAAUGUGUCUGAGGUAGGAUCAAACUCAUGUCCCUUGUAUUGCAAGAGUUUGUCAGUGACUAGUGUGCUAUUCAAUGUUUAUCAA